GCGCGCCAAAAGCUACCGGCUAGGGGAAUUGCUCCGGAAUCCAACGAUCGUCUACUCCGUGUACGGUCAGUGCUUGUAGAUGUGCUCACAUUGACAAGAGAUCUUCCCGUGGAAUCGAGACUUCAAUCCGCAAGAACUGAUCGUCCGUGAGAACUGACAGCAAAAUGCUCUUGGAGCCCCUGGUCGGUCGUCAGGAGCAGCUGGAAGACUUGGAGACGCUUCUAGGACUGGAAUGCGGCAUCCCUGUUCAGUCUGUGUACGUGUACGGCGACUCCGGGAGCGGAAAAACAUUCUGUGUGAAACACGCUCUCAGGGGCCUCAACCACGUCUGGCUCAAUUGUAUAGAGAUUUUGAUGCCGCGAUGUGCUUUUUCAUCGAUCAUCAAUAGCUUGAAAGUCUCCGAAGUUCUUGAAAAACUCGAGGACAUCACUAAACUGACUUCGUGUGACACCUCCUCGGAUUUCAUUCGAAUAUUCACGCAAACACUGCCGAUCGACGAGAAGCUCUUCAUUGUAUUCGAUGACGCACACAGACUCCGCGAUCUGGAUUUGUUGACUUUCUUCUUGAGGCUCCAGGAACUCUCGAAGCGACAGGUGUGCUGCAUUUUCAUCUCGACAGUGCCAUUUUCGCAUCUUGUGUCCACAACUGAUUUCUUCUGGCCGCACGAAGUCCACCUGCCGAACUACAGUCAAGAGGAACUCUGCGGAGUCUUGAUACAAGCGAAGGCACACGGCUACAGCGAUGAAUUCUACGAGAGCUACGUGAAGCUAGUUAUUUCGAUGUUCAAGAACGUCACUACCAACGCCAAAGAGCUAGUCCACAUCGCCAAGACCAAUUUCGAGUAUUAUGCCGCCCCGUGCAAACUGGAUCCGGAUAUCCAGUCGAAUAGUUUGAAGCUUUGGAAGAACAUCGAACCGUAUUUAAAGAAUGCCAUGGAUACCGUUUACCUGCGCGAUACUGAUGCACGAUGCGGGAACUCCGAUGGCUCGAAGAUGGCGGUCAAACAAAUUAUAGAACUCCCGUUCUACUCGAAGUUCCUUCUGAUAGCGGCUUAUCUGGCAUCGUAUAACCCGGCGUCAACCGAUAAGAAGUUUUUCGUCAAGAGAAGCAAUCGGGAGAAGAGGAAAUCAAGCGCCAUCAGAAAACAGAAGCCAAAUUAUCAUCUACUCGGACCCCGGCCUUUCCCUCUGAAUCGACUCCUUGCCAUAUUCCACGCGAUUGUCGAUAGUCCGGUAGAGCCGCGUACAGUCCUUUCAAGUCAAGUCUCAUCCCUGGUUCAUCAUAAGCUUAUAACGCAAGCCGCCGCGAGAGACCCGUUGAGCGAGCCUCGCUAUAAAUGCUGCGUCGAUUUCGAUUACAUAACUGCUAUCGCAAAGACUGUGAAAUUCCCCGUAGUGGAGCAUCUCGAAGAUUUCAAUAUGUAGGUAGUUCUAGUACGAAGUGAUUUCCGAGCUCCGGCGGUAGACUUUUGGACAAUAAAAGUUAACGUCGGCGACAAGAGUCGGUC